AUGACCACGACCACAACGACUGCAGCCGCAACGAAGAGCGUUUCGUCGUCUGGUUCCAUCCAAUCGAUUAACGUUGGCAAAGCCGGCCUGACGUUUGACCCCGACACCCUCAAUGUCGCUGCCGGAGACAAAGUGGAGUUUCACUUCUUCCCGGGAGACCACUCGGUGACCCAGGCGUCCUUUGACAAUCCGUGCCAUCCACUGAAUAGCAGCAGCUUCUUCAGUGGGUUUGUGGCGCCCAGUAGUGGUGAAUCGUCCGCCGUCUUCACCCUGACCGUCAAUGACACCAAUCCUAUUUGGUUUUAUUGCGGCCAGACCGGACAUUGCCAGGCCGGCAUGGUCGGCGUGAUCAAUCCCGGGAGUGGCCCGGACACACUCGACGCGUUCAAGAAGGCAGCCGCGAGUGCAAGUGGUGACAGUGUGCCGGCCAUGGUCCAAGGCGGCAUACUCGGUAAAGCGAGUGCUCAACAAUCUUCCACUUCCACAACUGGCUCAUCAACCAGCACGAAAAUCUCGGGCUCGAGCGCCACAAACUCGGCGGACAGCUUGCGCUACUUGACUGAUAUCAGCAUCACAUCCGUUCUUGCUUUGCUGAUGGCCAUGCUCCUCAUGUAG